AUCUCAGUAAACUCUCAAUUGGAGUCGUUUCGAGAAAUCUCUGAAGAUGACUUCGAGUGUUAGCCGUCGUGUCGAGUAGAUUCAUUGAGCAUUGUCCGGAUUCCAACAGCACUCGAUCCCGGAUUCUUCACUACACUCAUUUUCCUUUUUUUAUUAACGGCUUUUUUAGAUUAACAUUUCAAUGAAACAUUUUCGUUUUUAAUUUAUAUAUUAUUGUAGGGUCUAUUCAAUAAAACCUUAACUAUCCCCCCCAAAAAUUUCCUCCUACGUGACAUGCGUACUUUGUCUGAAAAAGCCCACCUGAAAUCACCUCCUCCUUCUCUUUGCGCGACGGUCUGAAAUUCAGCGACGAACGAAAUUCGGGGAAAUUAUACACAAUCGUUUUCGGGCUUUCAAGCAAAGCUCACAAAAAUAUAACUUCUUAAUGUCUACAUGUAUCCUAUGCAACAUAAGUUUUCCAUAGUUUUAUUUUAGUGUUCAUGUUGAGCUGAAAGUUCCUGGAUUUUCAAUCAGUAUUGACCAAUUUCAAGAGGGAAAAUAUUACUUCUAGAUAAUGGAGCAAAAGAACAUCUUUAUUCUACUUCUUUUAAUAAAUCUUUUACAAAUCGAUGCUCAACGAAAUAAUGGUUUAAAAAAUAGCGAUGGGGAAGAAACCAAAAAUUUCGCAGAGAUACAGAAAGUAUUAAAACAAAUCCCAACGCCGAUUCCUUUAAUAUCAUCAACGACAAUACCCACAUUAUCAAUGAAAGGAACCACGAAAAGUCCGUUACAUCCGAAUGUUCCAAUAACCGGAAGUCCCAAAGAAACUAAACAUAUACAUGUCGUACCAACUUAUCGACCGAAAAGAUCUAAUUGUACACCACCGGCUAUAGAACAAUUUCCUAAACCGUUAAUGGGACCUACAGCGAGAAAAAGUGGGGGGAUUAUUAUACAUGUUUUGGUUGCUAUUUAUACAUUUAUUGGAUUGGCGAUUGUAUGCGAUGAAUAUUUUGUUGCAUCACUUGAUAGAAUAUGCGAAGAAUUAAAAUUAUCACCCGAUGUUGCUGGUGCCACUUUUAUGGCUGCAGGAAGUUCCGCACCAGAAUUAGCUACAGUUAUUAUUGGUGUUUUCUUCGCAAAAGAUGAUAUAGGUAUUUCCGGAGUUAUUGGGUCAGCAGUUUUCAACAUAAUGUUCGUAAUAUCCGUUUGCGCUUUAUGUACAAACACUGUUUGUUACUUAAAUUGGUGGCCGCUUGUAAGAGAUUGUUUCUUCUACGCGGUAUCAAUUUUAGUAAUGUUAAUGACGAUUUUUAAUGAAACAAUAAGUUGGAGUGAAUCAUUGUUUAUGUUGUUUAUGUACGUUGUUUAUUGCGUUGUAUUACAUUAUAAUCCGCAAUUGGAAGCUUGGGCUCAAACGUUACCUGUUCCUUGUAAAAUGAGAGCGCCGGAAGAAGAAUCCGGUUUGGUUAGUUACAAAACAUUAAACGAGGAAAUGAAACGAUCUAGUUAUGGAAGUCCUGAUAAAAAUUUCGAACCUAAUGAAACCGAUGAUUUAGGAAAUUUAAGCGGGGCGCAGCUCAAUCAAAUUGCAAAUAAUCCCCCUGCUCCCCUUAAUAACCAACAACCCCCUAAACAACCGGCUGCUCAAAAUUAUUAUAGGCCUAAGGAAUAUGAUCCAAACAAACCACCAGUCGAUCCGUUAGAAAAACCUGUGGAUGGUUCACUUUACGUUCGAUUUUCUUGGGCGAUUGUUUACCCUAUACAUUAUAUGGCAAAAUUAACUAUGCCUGAUUGUCGAACGGAUAAGUACAGAAAUUGGUAUCCUUUUACAUUUUUUAUGUCAAUGAUAUGGAUAUCAUUUUAUUCAUAUUUUAUGGUUUGGAUGAUUACGAUCAUUGGAAGUACUUUUAAUAUUCCUGAUACGGUUAUGGGGUUGACUUUUGUUGCAGCUGGAGUUUCCGUACCAGAUGCAUUAUCCAGUAUUGCAGUUUUAAAAGAGGGAUAUGGUGAUAUGGCAGUAUCAAAUGCUGUGGGAUCGAAUGUGUUUGAUAUAUUAGUUUGUUUGGGAUUACCCUGGUUUAUACAAACGGCAAUUAUUAAACCUGGAUCUCAUGUUAACGUUAUCAGUAAAGGUUUAACUUAUUCAACUUUGUCGUUAUUAUCAACGGUUGUGUUUUUGGUGGGUGCUACACAUUUAAACGGAUGGAAAUUGGAUAAAAAGCUGGGGAUAAUUUUAAUGAUUUGGUAUGUGGUGUUUAUAAUAUUCGCCAGUAUGUAUGAAUUAAAUAUAUUUGGUCCGUUAAAUCCUCCGGAAUGUAUUAGUUUUUAUUAAUUGGGUACUAAAACUAUGAAUUGAUUUGAACAACGAUGGAGAUAAAUAAGAAAAAAAUGAAAUGGUAGAUAUUGUUAAAUAGCUUUUAUAUGAAUUACCAGUUGUACCGUACCAAAUUAGAUGUUAAGUGUGUACGAAAGUGUUGAAAAAAUGUUGUAGGAAAAAUAAUUUAAACUUUUUACUUCCAUGUCGAGUAAAUAAUUAAAAAAAGUUUCUAAGGUGGUAAAGAAAGCAAAAGAUAAGAUUCUUUUUGAUGAUUGUGUUCUACUUCUGCAAUAUUUAAGAAAAAA